GCACCAACCUUGUGGUGGUGAAGAGUUACGGUGCAGCGCCCGCGUCAUGUCACUGAGCUGCCGCCUCCCACUACAAAGCUUAGACACAGUAUCGCAACACCGGUGAGAGAUUAUAAUACAUGAGAAGUGCUACGUAAACAACACCUCACAGGAAGUGGAUUCUCACGCCAGGAACUGCUGGAAAUAAAAGGGAAACUUGUCCUCCUGCUAGAAGUGAGCCAUGUCCAGAUUCCUGUGCACGGCGCUACUGAUGGUGACGCUGUCCCUGGCGGUGACGUCACAGCCGUUCCCUCAGCAAGACCCCAGCAAACACAAUGACUUCAUAUGGAACUCGAGAAAGAUCGGCAACAAGAAAGUAGCAACAUUAACCAUAAGGAAGGACGAAGAGCGGGAUCGCCGCAGCAUCUCACCAGUGGAAGAUGACAACAGCGGCCACAAAAACGGGAAGAGGCGACACGCCCACAGGCACCAUCAUGGAGAGGGCGAGCGAGCGGCGAUGUGGCUGGAGAACGACCAGUCAGAUGAGGGACACGACAGAGGAAGUGCGCCAUCAGAGGGCCACACUUCUGAAGGGACGAGGCACAGCGGCCGGUCGGCGUUGGAGGACGGACAUAGAGUGAGGCAUAGUGAUGUACACCCCGAAAGUUUACAAGGUGAGGACCACAUGCCCAGCUUUCCCGAGAUGCUUGCGGAGGCAGGAAUCACACUCGAUUCAUCGCUGCUCGAAAGCAAAACCACCAGCGCAAGGCGAGGCAGUGGCGAGGAACGCAGGAACAGAAACGGCAAGAAAAAUAGAAGAAACAGAGGAGGAAGGCGAAGCAGGAAAAACAAGAACAAGAAAAAAAAGAAGGGUUGUCGUCGCCUGAAGGGGGAGGAGAGAAGGAAGUGCCAGGACGCCCUUCGUCAGUGCAACAACCUAAAGAAACGUAAGAAGAAGAGGUGCCGUGCUGACGCUCUUGAAGCAGCCCUUAGCGAAGCCUCCGGCAGGCGGGAAGACAUCUUCAGCUUCCUCAAGAACAUCACUGAGAUGAGCGGGAAGGAGGCGUGUCACUACCACUACCUGAAGAGCUGCAGCACCAGAGUGGGCCUCUUCACCAAGGGGCCAGACAGCGACAGGGCAGUCGUCAAGUGUCACUUCAGGAAGGAAUUCCUCAAGUGCAUGCAGAACCUGCAGCAGCACGGGACGUGCAACCCAAGCUUCCACACGCGAGGUGACAUCACCGCCCUCAGGGAAAAGAUCAAGGAGUUCGUGUGGACGCCGAGCAGCUGCCUCAUCUCGGACGUCGUGGAAGGGUAAACAGACAGUCGCCGAGGCCUUCGUGCCCUAAACAGCAUCACCAAGCUAUUGAAAAGCCAGAAUGUUGCUUGUGGAUAUGCCAAAGAGAACACUAACAAAGAGGGCUGGCUACCCGGAGUCUUCCUGUAGGAGUAUCGGAGAAAGCUUCGCAAGCAUGACUUAUCAAGACUUUAGGUCCCGCCUACCCGGGAGAGAGCCGAGGUCUCCUUCAUGAAGUUUGCAGAGGGAGAAUGGCCUAACGAAGCACCUCUAGCUCAGGUCUCGAUGAUGAGGCUGAGGAAUGCAUUGCCUCGCUCCUCCCACGUGCAUGAUACAGUUUCACUGCACCGUUCGAGAAUAAUGCAGGCAAUGCCUGGUAUAAGGCGUUUACAGGUGUUUGUACAUGUUUGCCAGUGCCUAGCUGUACCUGAACCCAUUGCGUGUUUGAUACCUAUGGAACGAAAGCAACAAAACGGUCAUUACGUGACACCAUCGGAGCAUCUCGCACAGGACAAUACUGUCUGCUACAAAAGAGAACUUUCUAAACAUGAAAACCUAUUUGGAUUAAGAGAGAGAGAGAGAGAGAGAGAGAGAGAGAGAGAGAGAGAGAGAGAGAGAGAGAGAGAGAGAGAGAGAGAGAGAGAGAGAGAGAGAGAGAGAGAAUUUCAAAUCAAUAUGUAAUAUUCAAUGCAUGUGCUGGUGUACGGAUAAUUAGUUGAAAGGACACUGCUGAAAUGCGGAGUUUGCUGGCGCCACCAUCAGCACCACAUCUCCGACUGAAGGCAGAAAGGACACAACUUUGCCGCAUAACAGGCUAAUCAGCUCAGCGGCGGAUUUAGCACGCUCUCCUUGCGUUGCUUCCAUGAACCUUGGGGUGGUGCCUCAAUGCGGGCUGCGGCACACCCUGGCAUCAUUUGUAUGUGUAUGACUGUAUGUAUGUACGUGAUGAGGCUGACGCGACAUACUUGUAGGCUGUCUGGCCAUAUUUACUCUCUCUCUCUCUCUCUCUCUCUCUCUCUCUCUCUCUCUCUCUCUCUCUCUCUCUCUCUCUCUCUCUCUCUCUCUAAAUCCGUUUUUUUUUUUCGUUGUAUGUAUACUUUUUUUUUUAAAUACUCGUAUAAGAUACCUAAUACUGCGCGCCACGACGGACCAUUUCUGUGAGGGAGUGUCUGCGUGGCGAUCAAAGAUGCAUCAGGCGUUACUUUAGCUGAGCCACCAGUGCGGUUAUCAGUGUGGUAUCAAGCACCGUAAUAGUUUACUCUUGUCUGACCAAAGAAUAAUACACAAGGAAGAUGUAAAUAUUUAGUAGUAUAUUUGUGGUGUUAGUUAAGCGAAUCAAAACUCAUCCUCAUCGUCACCCACUCACCCACAUAUCAGUUAUCACGCUCACUCAAACUCACUCACUAUUGGUCAUUUAGUUUUAAUCUCUCACACCUCGACACUCUCAGCGCCUCUCACGCGUCUCCACUCCGCCAGACUUCUGUGAUAUAUAGUCAUGAACCAGGAAAGGUAUUUCUAUUGCCACCUGCAGUCUGGCGUUACUCGCGGUGUAUAUUUCAGUCCAAAUGUAUAUUUUACUGUGGAUAUUUUCACCCCCGUGGCAAAACCAGGCACUGCUCUCAUGUCACGCGUUUGUGGUCGCGAAUCGCACAGCAUUUUGAUGUUAUCACUUUUGUUUAUGGAGUUCAUAGUUCAAAGGAUGCAAGAGUUAACCAACAACCUCAUUCUUCCAUCCCUUUCUCUGGUAAAUUCAGGAAUUCUCUGCCCCCGCUCUCUCUCUCUCUCUCUCUCUCUCUCUCUCUCUCUCUCUCUCUCUCUCUCUCUCUCUCUCUCUCUCUCACUUAUAACUACCUGAUUUAAGUGAAGACUUAUCUAGUAGUAAAUUGGCCUCCGUUUUUUGUAAAUCUAUUUUAGUUUUAUUUUCUUGAGAACAGCGACUUAACGGGUGUUUUUCAUACAUAUUUUCUGCCUUUUGUCUGCCUCCUUUUCACAUAAUAAUUAUAAUAAGACCACGGCGGACUGUUCCUAUCUGUUCACCUCUACAAAGCCAUCGUAUAAUAAGGCAUUAUAUACAAAUUGUAACCUACACGGUGAAAGAAAGUUGCAUGUACGUACUUUUCUUUUCAUCGUCAAGGCGGUUCAAAUCAUACAUAUUUGUGUGUAUAUAAUAAAUCUAAGUCUGUAUGCAUGGACCGCGGCCGCAGACUCCUAUUAGAUCUGAAAACUCUAAUAGGCAAAAAAAAAAAAAAGAAAGUUUGGUAACACUUUAAGAACGUUUAAAACACGACAGGUUACUAAGUUCCUUGCAGUGUUUCGCAGCGACGGUCAUUCCUGUCUUGUGUACCUCAGCCCACACUCAUUUCCUUCUGUAUAAGAAAGGGAAUGAUUCUUUUUUAUAUCAAAGAGAAUAAAUACAAUAGUUAAAUAGACAGACAGACAGACAGACAGACAGACACACUGACAGACAAACAGAUGGAAAUAGACGCAUAAGAACAGACAGACAGACAGACAGACAGACAGACAGACACACUGACAGACAAACAGAUAGAUAGACGCAUAAGAACAGAUACGUGUAGAUACAAAGAUAGACAGAUAAGAAAUAAAUAUAAUGAACAUAUGUACUAUACAGGGAUAUUGUUCUGUAAAUAUAGAGUACAAUGUCAUAAGAGAAAGAACUAUUAAAGAGAUCAAAUGAAGCAAUUUCGUUCAUUAAUCUCGCCUGUAUAACAUUAUAUGCCUCGCACCUUCCCUGCCUCACCAAUACUCACGCACGCCGCCUGCAUGUGUGUCUCCUUUACAAUUCCCCUCGUAUUCUUAAACGUUCCAGCGCUCCGUCUCGACUACUUUCAUUUGCCUCUAGUGAAAGUUACUGGGAUUUUCAAGAGUGUUUGACUAUUGAUAGUUUUACAAGGGUUCUGCAUCAUCACCGGGCAGAUCACCCAAGCUAACUCAAUUAAUCAUUUCUGUGACCUCUGAAAUCACUCCUGACGAGAGCGGAGCGUGUAAGAAUACUGGUCCUGUUCUCCUGCCAUUACAACACUCUGACUUUGCAAUAUCAUAAGAGAAAGGCAGCAAUAUGUUACUGGAAUGAAAAUAAUAACUAGUACGAGAGAGAGGGAGAGAGAGAGAGAGAGAGAGAGAGAGAGAGAGAGAGAGAGAGAGAGAGAGAGAGAGAGAGAGAGAGAGAGAGAGAGAGAACAACACUGCGUAAAAUAAAAACAAUUCACUGUUCCUCUUCCUAUGAAUUAAGUUAUUUCAAUUGUAGGUGACACGCUUUCAUCUUUGAAUUAGAAAAAAAAAAAAAACAUACUGAACAUAUUUUGCUACAUUUCAUCCAUUUAUUUUUUUUUCCUAGUCUCUUUUUAAAACUCCCGUAACUCAGCACUAACAAUCUGUACUGAAUCUAUUCCAGUCAUCUACCUCUGUAUUUCAGUGUCAAUUUCUUUCUACCUCUCUUUGAAAUCUAACUUUAUUAAACUUGAACCCAUUAUCAACAGACGUACGUACAAAUCUAUAUAUUUUUUUCUUUUUAGUUUACGUGUGUGUGUGUGUGUGUGUGUGUGUGUGUGUGUGUGUGUGUGUGUGUGUGUGAUGCGUCUCCUGGCACAAUUUGCAUGCGAGGAAUGGGAACUCUGAGCACAACUCUUCUGCUUCCGUGAACCGUGACUCAAGAUUCUGGCCGUGCCUCGCUGCAUCAGAAAGCCGCUCGCUGCUUCUUUUUACAUCCACGCCUUACAUUUUGAAAAGACACGGUAAAAUGUGCAACGAAAAAGAUAGUUCAUAUUAGUUUAUAUAUGUGUGUAUGUAUAUAAAUAAUUAUGGUCAUCACUAAGCUAUUCAUGUUUAAGUUUUUUUUUUCUUUUUAAACAGCCACGAAGAACAAAGUUUAUCUUUGUAAAGUUACAAGGCAAACUCAUACGUAAUUCUGAUUAGCCUGUAGCAAGGGCACACCACGUCAUUCCAUCACACCCCUUCACUUCCCCCUCAACCCCUGCCAUACCACCAUAGAGACCGAUACACACACACACACACACACACACACACACACACACACACACACACACACGUCUCUCCCCCCCUCUGAUCCAUUAAGGCUGAUUUACGUGACAUGUUUGGCAAUACGUUCUAAAUACGAGCAUUCAUCUUAACAUGUCCUCAUUGGGUAACGAGUCACUGCCGCCUGCUUAUUGAAACGGUGGCCGCGAUAACUUCCCUCAAAGACAAUCAUGACAAAUUAAUAACUAUACACAUCACGCAUCGGAUUCGUAGUUUUUUUUUUUUUUAUUCUUUACUAUAAAACCCGAAACUGAAUACAAGCAUUACUUUAUAACUUUCGAAACUCAAAGAUGUUUCACUCACGUAUCAUGUCAAAUCUCUUCUCCCAUGGUCGUCCUUUGUUAACAUUCAGACCGUUGUAAAAGAAGAAGGAAAAAAGUCUACAUGGACACACACACACCCGCAUAUGAAAAAAAAAAUAAAUAAAUGAGGAAAUGGGGAAUAGUGCGUGAUCAGAACUAUUUAGGUGACUAGUAAAAAAAAAAAAUUGUGUCUAUGUGGAAAGAGUCAGGUUAUUAUACGAGAAAAUGUUUAGUAAUAAAUAUAUUUAUUUUUAAGAAAUUUUCCUUAUGACUCGAUUAACUUUCCUUCAUUUUCUGUUUUUUCUACACAAGCAUUUAAUUCGCAUUUACAUUUCUCUUCUUUGAUCAAUAUUUUGUUAAUGCAAUCCUCACAAAACAAUAGGCACAUCUGCGGGAACUGAAGUGAUGGCGCCGAAAUACACUUUUUUUUUCCUUGCCUCUCCCAUGCUCCCAUUCACCUUACACAUCUACUCCCCACAAAACGAUAAAUACAUUCGCCUUAACUGGAGUGACGGCGCCAAAGUAUUAUUUCACGUCGCGUCUGGUUAUAACAUACACAAGAAUGCAACAAACGUACCAAAGAUGAAGCUGGGCGGCUGCGGUAUGGCAAAAAAAAAAAAAAAAAAAAAAAAACUUACGUAAUCCACUUAACAGCGUCCCUAUCAGUACCUCCUUUUGUUCCCUUUCCUCUUUGUCCUGCUCUUGUCCCCCCAUCCCUUCCUCCUCCUCCUCCUCCCCCUCCUCCUCCACCGCCGCCGCCGCCUUCUUUUCCUCAUCCUCGUCUUUCACUUACUCAUCUCUCGUCACUUCCAUUCCAAGACGGAAGAAUAUAUAUAUAUAUAUAUGCGUUUGGUGUACUUUUUUUAUUAUUUUAUUUAUUUUACUUUACAUUUCUUGUUCACUUUGUAUGUCUAAUAUAUGUAUUGAUUGCGUUA